AUGAAACAAAUCGAAUGGCAGCUCCCCUGCUCCCCUGCUAAUAAAUAUGGAAAAAGUGGCAAUACAAUCUUAGAUGAAUUUAUUCUUGAAAAUAAGUUAAAAUGGAUCCCUUAUAAUAAAUUUAAAGAUGUUGAAUAUCUUAAUAAAGGGGGAUUUGGUAUUAUAUACAAAGCUAUUUGGUUAAAGAGUAAUAGAGAUAGUGAAGAAGUAAUUCUUAAAUGUCAUAAUGAUUUAAAUGAAAAUUUAAUUGAAUUUUUAAAUGAAUGGAAACAUCAUGAAAAUUGUUUAGAUUCAUAUGAUAAUGUUUAUUUUUAUGGAUUUUAA